AUGGCUGUUGUAUUAAACCACAUCACCACCUACUGCAGUGGAAACCUCUUAACUAGACUUAAUCUGUAUGAUUGCUUAGGCAAAAGGAAGAAAUAUGGAGCAGAUUUGUUGUGAGCAAGAAUAUAUUUCUUUAAACUCCAGGCCAGAGUGUCUGAACACAUUGACGAUUAUAACAUGGUUAAUUUCACUUGAUUUUGGGAGGGCAGAGUUGCAGUUUCCCUCUUGCUCAUCCACUCCCAGUAAAGGACAAUUUCUGUCCUGCAGAGAGCAUGGAUGAAAGGGUAUGAAAAAAAUACCUUUCGUGGUCCUAUUGCCAGUGGAACAUUGGCUGUUCACACUGAAUGUGGUCUUAAUCUAACUACAAAGGCUGAAUUAUGUCAAUGGCUAGACCAAAGAGAUCCAGAGACAUUCUCCUGUAUUAAACCUCACAAUGGGCCUUGUGAGGCUUUUACCUACCUGAAGACAAUCACAGAAUGUCCCUUCAUCAAGGCUGAGAAACUAUUUGUGAACCUUAAAGCCAGUAACUGGGCCACACAGAACAUCAGUCAUAUGGGAGAUUUCCUUUCCAGAUUUGCCUCGUCAGCUCAGGAAGCAGCUACGGACGACUGCCUUGAACACUGCACACACCCGCCUCCUUUUCAUGUGUGCUCUCUGAAGGUCUUUGAGCACGACUGGAAUGGAUGGUUCAAGACCCAUGUGGCAAUGGAUAAGGAGAGGAAGAUUGAAAUUCAGUGAGAGAUUCGUGGGCACCCCUUUGUGUGUCUUUCUCAUUCUUUUUCAUAAAAAGAUGACAUCACCACACAUGAAAUCAACAGGUUAGUGGGACAGAAAGACAUGGCCAUAAAGCUGGGCCUGCACUUUAGCUCCUGCCCUAUUGAUGCUUUCAUCAGGAGGGUGAUCGAUGUUCACAAAGCCAUCCCACGCCUUCUACUUAUCCCUGACCCAAAAGUAAUCAUCAAAGCAGAAAACACCAAGGAGAUGCAUAUAGACGUGGAGCAAUUCAGUGACAUUCAUGAAUAUGUCCAAUAUAUGGCAAUGGCAGACAUUUUUCAGCAGCUGAAGGUGGGUAUCAUUGAUGCCUGGUCUAUGACUAUAGCAUAUGCCAAAAUUCACCCACCAGAUCAUGUGGUUGGGAACCAAAUCAAUGUGUUUUAAUGUACAUGUGGUAUCUGAUAUUUAUCUAAAAUGAAAAACAGGCUAUAAUUUGAGAACAGAGCACUUGAGUCGAGCUGGUUGGGAGAACAAAGGGAAAUUUCACCAAUCCCCUUCAGCCCCCAAAAAAUAAUCUUCCUCCUCCAAAAGUUGAUACUUUGAAAGUUAAUCAAAAAAUAUGGAAAAGUUUGAAAUUUGUGUAAAAAAACAAAAACAAAAAAAUUAAAAAUCAUCACAAUUUCAAAGAUUUGACAGUGAUUAGCAAUGACACAAUAAUUUACUCAUUACAAAAAGAAUCAGAUUAAAGAUAUCACCAUAGUACACUGUUUCGCCCCUCCCCCCCCCAGCUUCUGUUAAGCCAAUGUCUUCACCAGUUUUAAGAUUCAGACUGGCUGGAAGAAUUAGUGGUUAUUAUCUUCUCUUUCUAGCUUUAGUGGUAGCCUUUGAAAGAGAGGAGAUUGGUGAAAAUGUAUAAGCAAGCAUCCUCACAGCCUUUCUAUGGUAGUGAAUAAAGAGCCACAAUGGAUCCGAUCCAGGACAAAGUAGGUUAAUUCCCCCGUUGUGCUGAAAACCUGAAAUAUUGCCAUUCUAAACAUAUGUACCGUAUUUAUCCUCACCACACCCAACAGGAAAGGGAAGUGCUAGUGUCCUUGUUUACAGAUGGGGAUCAGAGACUAAAUGAUUUGGCCAAGGUUGCACGGAAAGUCUGUGGUGAACUCGAAAGUGGGUCUCCUGUAUUCCAG